AUGACAAAGUCAAAUCUGUGUCCCCAGAGGAAGUCAAAGAUUUCAGCUUCCCGCAAGCUCAUGCUGAAGAGCUUGAUGGUGGCGAAGGCGAAGGAGGAGCUUGAACAGGAGAUAGUGGAGAAGGAGAAAGAUAAGGAGAGGUACCUGGCCGAGAGGGUGCCCCCUCUGCGCACCAGUGGCAUGUCCUUCGCUGAGCUCCAGGGGCUCUGCCGCGAGUUACAUGCCAAGAUCGAUGUGGUGGAUGAAGAGCGAUACGACAUCGAGGCCAAAGUCAUGCUCAACACCCGAGAGAUCAAGGACUUAAACAUCAAGGUGCUGGACCUGAGGGGGAAGUUCAAGCGGCCCACCCUACGCAGGGUGCGGGUGUCAGCCGAUGCCAUCCUGCGCUCGCUGCUGGGCUCCAAACACAAGGUGUCCAUGGACCUCAGGGCCAACCUCAAGUCUGUCAAGAAGGAGGACGCUGAUAAGAAGAGGCCAGUGGAGGACAGCGACUGGAGGAAGAAUGUGGAGGCCAUGUCCGGGAUGGAGGGCAGAAAGAAGAUGUUUGACGCUGCUGUGAGCAAGGAGUGAUGGAAACUCACACGGCUACAGAGAAUCCCUACUGCUGAGUGAAGAUGCUUUCAGUGUUUUCUCGC